GCAAUCCCACCGCCGCGACGAGGCCGGCAACCUGUUCCGCGGCGGACGUAUCAUAAUUUCGCUUGUUCUUGUUUUCCCCGUCGCUCGGCUCGCGCACAGGGAACCGGUAUCGCUCGCGCUACGUGCAACGGUGCAGUGCAACACUACGACAUACUCGUAGACGACCGCGAGAACGGUUCCCGUCACCGUACAGGCCGCUUGUUCCGCGCGACACGCCGCCGCGAUUUGGUUUUCAUUGGUCGCGGGGAAUCGCUGUCCGCACUGUGCAUCAAUAUUUUUAUCGGUCGCUUUCCUUGCACCUAAAACCGUGUGUUAAGUUUUUACAAUAAAAUAUUUGUUCAACAAUUAUUACUAGUCUUAUCCCCGGAGAUAGCGUGUCCGCUAGAGUGCGUCAACGCGUGUGUGGAAUAUUCCUUUGUUUACCUGUUCGCUUGCCCCAUAGAGUCGUAUCCCCCGCGGCCUCACAGCUGAUAUCCCUUGUCCCCGUGUCAAUAUUUUGAUUAUUCGAAGAAAAUAAAAACCCGAAAUCUCCAUAUUCAGUUUAUUACUUUUCCGCAGACAACUUUUCGUAGGUCCGACAUGUAUCCGUGAGAUAAACGAAACCUAUCGUGCGUGUCUGUGUUUUCACGCAUUAACCAUGUCCAGUAAGUUCGGUGAUGGCCGGUGGCUGAUCCUUGUGGCUCUGCUAUUCCAGUUAGCAACAAAAUCCGAAGGCAACUGGCUCAAGAACUUUGCCAAGCCGAAGCCACAACUCAGGCUCAUGGAAGGCGUCACAGAGCAUUUACAUAAUGUCAUGCCAUACGAACAAGUGCAAUUUAGUAAUCCAAAUGUUUCAACAGCAUACAUUAGCUCUACCAAGUUCCAGGCCGCUGGAAUGGGACAUCUGUAUUUCGUCACCAACAAGUUUAUCCAAUACAUAUUGAGUGAUCAGGCUUUUCCUGAAGGGUUUGUGGAUGUUGAAGGUGGUAAUACAAUCCAAGUAGAUUAUUUAUCUCAACAAUGGCCAACGUUAGUAAGCCAUUAUUGGGCAAGUGCUUCUGUAUUAGUUGCUGGAUUAGUAUUUGCUGUUUUAAUGCCUCUCAUUGGUUUGACGUUAUGCUGUUGUCGCUGUACUGGAGGUUGUGGUUCUCGAUCUCAACCAUUUGAUGCUAAAUAUGACUCAUGCAAAAGACAAUUUUAUGGGAUUAUACUAGCUGGACUUACAAUAUUAAUAUCAUUUGGUGUUGUUUGUACUUUUGUGAGUAAUGAAUAUUUAGAAGACGGUGUCAAAGAAUUACCAUCAAAUGUUAAGAAAUCUUUAAAUGACACAAGGUUAUUCAUAAACAAUACAAAGAAAGAGGUGGAUAAUCUAUUAGUUGUGAAUUUUGAUGAGUUGGAAGAAACAUUGACAAAUAUAUUAGAAGCUAGUGGUGAAAUAGUAAAAAAAAAACUUGGAGAUGUUUCUAAAGCAUCAGUUUUAACUAAUUUGACUGCUGUUGUCAACGGACUAGAUCUUAUUAAAGAAGAUCUUUCUAAUGUGGAUUCUUUAACUCGACAAUUACAGCAAACUGCACUACAAUUAGAUAUUGCUUUAAAAGAAUCCCGAAUAACUAUAAUGAAUAAAUUAGAUUCAUGUAGAUAUGAACGUACGUGCCGUGAAAUUUUAAAACGGUUUAACAUCCAAGAACUUUCUUUAGAAGCAAACUUUAGUCAAAUAUUAGACAAUGAUAUUCCAAAGUUGCCAGAUGUAGCUGCUACCUUGAAAAAUAUAUCUGAUUUUAUUACUGGUGACAUUAAAGAAGAAGUAAUGAAGGGACAACAACAAUUUGAAAAGGUGAAAACAAUAAUACAGAAUGCUGUUAAUGAUAAUAUACCUGAAAUAAAACAAAAUAUAAGACAAGUUGGAAAUGCAAUCAAAGCAAAUUGUGAAAAAGUUGAUAAAGUUCUAAAUCAAGUAGAUACCACUAUUGCUAAUUCAUAUUCUCCUAUGCAACAAGGAGAAGGUUUAUUGAAAGAAUUUUCUCCAUAUAGAUAUUAUGUUUGUUUGGGUGUUGCGAUUACAUUAUUUUUGAUUUUGAUUUGUUUAACUCUUGGACUAUUUUGUGGCUUUUGUGGUAGCCGACCAGAAGGUGGAUACCAUGAUGAUUGUUGCAAUAAAGGAACAGGAGCUUCAUAUUUAAUGAUGGCUGUAUGGUUAAUGUUUUUGUCAUCAGCAUUUUUGAUGAUUAUUGCUUUAUUUUAUUUUGUCACUGGUGUUACCACGGAUCGUAUCAUAUGUGAACCAUUGCAAAAUCCUACACCUUCAAGGGUUUUAAAUAUAGUCAAUCGCUUAUAUGAUGUAUCUACAAUUCAUGAUUCAGAAAACCAACAACCUCGUACAAGACUACCUCCAAGCAAUACCGAUUUUAAUAUUAGUUCUAUAAUUCGAGACUGUCAUCGUAACAUGAGCUUAUUCCAAGUUUUAAAAAUGGAACGACUUAUUGAUCUCAACAAAAUUCUAGAAUAUCCGAAAUCUUUUAGUAUAGAUGAACAUAUUGAUAAAUUAGUAUCAAAAAUAAAAUUGGAAGGAGAAAUAGUAAUUUUAACAUCUGAAGCUAAGAAACAACUUAUGAGAUUAUCUAAAUCCCCUUUAUCUAGUAUAAAUUUUCCUGCUUACACUCAUGUUCUUGGUGAAAAAAUAACAUCAAUUGAUUUGAUUCAGCUUGCUGAUGCACUAAAUCAAACAGCAUCACAAUUGCCACCAUCUAAAGCUGAUAUUAAAUUUUCUUUAACAAACCAAGCAUUAUAUUUAAAAGUACAUCAGAAUCAACAUGUAGCUGGCAUGCUGGAUAUUAGUCAACGAUUAGAAUCUACUGCUAUUCAACUUCAAGAACAUUUGCGAUUUAAUCAUUCUUCACUACGUCAUGCAGUUGAACAUCUCUUAGUAGAAGUUGAACAAGCUCAACAUUUUUUAUAUACUGAAGGACCAACAAUAGUUACUAAAUUAGCAAAAGAAUUUGGACAAGAAUUUAAUAAACAUAUUGAUCAAUAUUUAGAAAGAAUUGUGAAUCAAGUAAGAGAAGAUAUUGGAAAAUGUUGGCCUAUGUCCCAGGCAUACAAUGCCACUAUUGUUGCUGGAUGCAAAAAAAUACUAAAUCCUUAUAACGGUUUUUGGAUGAGUGUCGGUGUUUGUUCAAUACUUUUCAUGCCAAUUAUAAUUCUUUGUGUAAAAUUAGCUUCUCUUUAUCAGAAAUCUGAUCCAUAUCCAGGGCCAUUAGUUGAAGCAGAAUACCUGUAUGAUGCUUAUGCAGACCGUGAGAAUAUUCCAUUAGCAAGUGCAAAUCACAAGAAAAAAAAUGUACGAAACAAGCCUCGUAAAAAAGUUACUACUACUCCAUGUGGGAAUCGAUCAUCAAAUAUACCUACAGGUUAUGAAAAUAUGUCUAACCCAGAAAUAACUGGAAAUUCAUCAGCAAACGAGAGUCGUCAUCCUGGACAUGGUGGAUCUGUAGAUUAUAGUGCACAUCUUGGACGAGCUAAUAUUGUAGUACCUUCAACAAGCCCUUCAGGAGGAUUACCUGAAGCCCCUCCAAAGCCAACUUGGGAUUUCCCAAAUGGUGGACCACCUCAUUAUCAAAAUCCAAUCUCAUCUGAAUAUGAACGCCCACCGCCAUAUUAUUAUCCUGGUCCUUCUGGACCACCAGGAGCUCCGCCUGAAUCUCAAUCAUCGUAAAUGAUCUAAAACUUCUUUAUUCAUUAUAAUUAUAACCUUAUAAAUGGAGAACUGACUAAAAUUCAAAAGUUGUGACCCCUAUUUUUGUUUAAUGUAGAUCUAAAAAUACAUAGUUGACUUAUAAGUGUAUUUUUAAUUCAUCUGCAUGAUUGCUCUCUUUUUCUUGUAAGUUUUCUUAUUAGAAAUAAAUACACAUAUAAAUAAAAAUAAAAAUAAAUAAUUCAUGUCGCUAAUGCGCUCAAAAAAAUCUCUAUUUUCUAUUGUAUCAUU